AUGGUUUCAGAAAUGCCAGAGCCAGAACUGCACUGGGAGCUGCCUUGGAGAGACCAGUCGAAGUGCAGCCUCCCCUCAGCUGCCGACUGUGCUGGGUCAAGGGCGCUCGAGCUCUUUCCCGAAAUGCACGACCCGGCGCGAGAGAAUGCAUCGCCAACGCCAGCGAAGUCUCAUGAUAUUAGGCAGGUACGGCACGCCGUGAACAUUGUCGAUCCUCCUCAGCGAGCCAAGGACAUGACGAAGCACUUCCUUGACCAUCCACUGCCCCCAGAGCCACUGCACUGGGAUGGCGAGUCAGUGGUGCCGCAAAUGAUGAUGUACAUGCUCCAGCGACUGGUGAAUCCCUCGCAGUUAAUCCAGCGCGUCGUGUUUGACAACGCGGAUAUUGGGGCAGCAGGCACCAGCUGCUCCAUUCCUCUUUGCGGCGGGGCAGAUGACCCUCACCAUAGCGAGGCCCGUCGAAUUAACGCCGAUGGCGCCUCACCAGCCGUGUCCAAGGACAUCAGGCUGCUCCAAGAGGAGCUGGAGCGCUGGAACUCAUCGGGCUGGCGAUCCCUCGCGGACGGCGCCCCGCCAAGCGACCCGCUCGCCCCGCCCUCGGCCCAGCCGGGAGCGCGGCGGGCCCCCAUCCCCGACGGCUGCGAUGGCUGCAUGGAGAGUCCGCCUCAGCUCGGUGCCCUGGGAUGCCGCCUCAACGCAUGGGCCCAGGGAGGGGGAUCGGAUCGGCGUUCGAUCGGCGCCCGCCGGCUGGGAGGGGGACACGGGGAGUCGCCUUGCGUUGGGAAGAACGGCCCCCUGGAGGUGUCGGCGUGCUCGCCGGCGGUGGCGGAAGGUGAUCGCUGCGAAGCGGUGGGGCCGGGGCGAGGAGGAUGGUUGGAAUGCAUGAGGGGGCACCUGGCUGGGGAGGAAGGACGAGGGCCCGACAGGCUCGAAUUCGAGUCUAGAUGGGAGUGCGGCAACCUGCGCCGGGCCGUCCAAGUGUACGAGCACGAAUACGACCUGUUUUUGACUUCCGAUGUAAACGAAAACGAAGACAAGGGGAACCGCCAAUGGUUUCUUUUCUCUGUGCGAAAUGCUACACCAGGAGUGCAAUAUCGCCUGAACAUAGUGAACUUUUCCAAAAAAGCUUCCCUCUACAACUCUGGCACACGGCCACUCAUGUGCAGCGGUCAAGGGGAGCCUCUUGGCAACGAACAGGUGGAAUGCCCGCUACCACUGAAUGGUCAACAGCACUCUGCUGGGUGGCACCGAAUCGGAGAAGAGGUUUGCUAUUUUCCAUCUCCAUGCCGUGGACGACAUGCCAUGCAUCGGAAAUGUGCGCCAAAGAGGAUAACGGGGAAGAAGAAAACUGGGAGCAAGGCUCAGGUAAAAGCUGUCCGCGAGGGCUUGACAUUCGACCUUCCAGAUGUGGGGCCUGGACUCUGGUGCCUGAGCUUCGUUGUCUCAUUUCCCACUGCUGGUUCACACUACCUGGCUGCCUGCUACCCUUAUGGCUACUCCGACUUGAAGGCGUUUCUUGAUGGGUCUGAAGCUAAUGAGGCACAGUCACGGCAGCAUCACCAACAAGUAGUCUACCGGGGACUUCUGUCCCAGACACUCCAGGGACAUCGUUGCGACCUGAUAACUAUCACAGAUUUCAGUGCCUCGCCAGAGGUCAUGGAUCGGAAGGAGUACGUUGUGGUGACGGCCAGGGUCCAUCCAGGGGAGACCAGCGGGUCCUGGGUGAUGCAGGUAGCGACCUUCAAUGCUUCUGUGAUACUGGGGGUGCACCACAGCUGA